AUGUUCUCCGGCGUUCAACGCGAUCGUGUGAGUCCGCAAGCGGUGCAGGAUCUGCUCGAGCUCAAUCGCCUCGGCGGCUAUCGUGGACGAGCGGCGAGUCCGGAGAGCGUCCGCAGCAGUCGAUCGCCGUCGCCGCCGGCGUCGAGUAGCGGUCGAACGUCGCCCGCAAUGUCGACGAUCUCAUCGAUGUCGCGUCUGAAGGUGUCGUCGUCGGGCAUCGCCAGCGGCAUGCGCAAAUUGUCGUCGUCGCCGCACUUGUUGGGAAUUUGCGAGGAGACCGAAGACGGUCACGAAAUGGCCGACACGGAAGAGAGCGUCCAACUGCGCACGUUCGAUGAGCGGAUUGGACGAACGAAUCGAUCGGCUUCCACCGGUGUCGUUCAUCCUCAUCAUUCUAUACAGGCAACGAAAAGCUCGGCGGCUUCACUUCUUACCACACCGUUUACGGUCAAAUCGCACACAUUGCCGACGUCGUCGCAAUCGACGCCGAACACGUACAGCUCUGUUCGAAUGAUCCGGCCGAGACAGGCGAUCGUCUCGCCGGACGUUUGCCGUCGUUACGAUCAGCAUUCAAGAUUUCUGACGAGGUCCAAAAGGAGCACGAGUUGCUCGUCGUCGGAAGCGUCUGAUGACGACGAUGGACGUCGUCUGACGAUGAUGUCGUCGAAGUGCGCGUCGAAAUUCGACGAGCGUCGUCGAAACGAUGACGACGAUGAUGGUGACGGCGGAAAAACGACGACAAGUCGGACGACGACGACGGCGGCGACAACGUCGAAAUCGGCGAUGGGCGGCGAUUCGGCGAAGACAUCCAGCUCGCAAAGUUCGCAAAUUGGCGGCAGCGGUGAUAAGAGGGGCUCUAUUAAUGAUUCGAUGAUGUCGCCGUCGGCAGCGGCGGCGCUUCGACCGAUUCCCGAAAUGACACUACUGGAUCAGUCGACGGAUCGGAAGGAUCGGAUAUUCGCGACUUGUCCGACGACGCAAUCGCUAGUGCGAAAAUGGGCGACGAACGAUGAGGAUUUCGGGAGGAAGGCUGAAAAAGCGCACGCCGAAAUCGGGCGAUGGUUCGGAACACCGCCGAGGGAGAUCCAAAGUCCAUCGAGCAGCGAGAACGAUGAGAAACCAUGGCUUCGAUCACUUCGACGAGCACUAUCGAGUCAAGAAUUAUUCAAGGAUCAUGCGUUGAAUGAAAGAUGCUCCAUUGAUUCGGGAUGUUCCAGCGAUGAGGAUAAUUCGCCGAUCAUUCAGAAUAUGUACAAUGAUUCGAAAUUCUCGUAUUUGAGCACAUUGCCAAUGGAAAAAGUCGACAAAUGGCUUCGAUGCGCCGAAUUUGUGUUUUAA